AUGGUCAUAAAAACAAAAACAAGAAGAAGGGUGACCAGAAGUUCUAGAACCUUGCGCCGUUUGGCUUUGCAACAGAAUCUGACGGAUACUGUAAAAUUACUAGACACGAAUUGGGAAUUGAAUAAAACUAGAUUACGUGGAAUAAGGCAUGAUCUGACGAAUCUUAAUGGGUCAUAUUUCAUCUUUACGCAAAGUAAUACAAAACUUGGUAGAAAAUAUUAUAAUUCAUUCCUCAAAUCUCCAGUUGUUAUUAACAGGCCGCAACUAAGGUUACUCCCGGAGACGUCACCCUUCUCUGAAACAACGUUAUUUAAAUCUUGUGCAAUUGUUGGGAAUGGUGGCAUCCUGAAAAAUAGCCAUUGCGGCAACGAAAUCGAUAGUUCUGACUUUGUUAUGAGAUCGAAUCUUCAGCCAAUAAAACACUUUACAAAUGACGCGGGAAUGAAAAGCAGCUUGGUCACAAUAAACCCUAGUAUCAUAUACAAUAGGUUUAAUUUAUUUGAUACUCCGGGUAACGAAUCGAAUUUCCUCCAAGCUUUGGAAGAAUAUCAGCAGUACUUUCUGUGGAUUCCCAACAGUUAUGUUGUGAAUAAUUCUUUGUCAUUUGAGACUGCCAGCAUCAUACGGCAGACGAUACGACAACAACUGCUGCUUGCAGACGCCAUCUAUUUCAGAAAACUUCAAAGGUACUGGAAAACGAAGAAAAUGUUAUCAACAGGAAUGUCCCUGGUCAGUAUCGGAAUAUGUCUGUGUGAGGAGAUAAAUCUCUACGGAUUCUGGCCUUUUCAAAUUGACUCCAAUGGAGAACCUUUGCCAAUGCAUUAUACCGACGACAUAGCCUGGUCUACCUACCAUCACAACCACGAUUACGACUCCGAGUUUCAACUCCUCAUAAAUCUACAUCGCAGUGGCGUUAUUAAACUACAUAUCAACCAGUGUUCUCCGUGAACACAUUCAACACGUGCCAGGCUAAAAAUUGUUAUGCCAUUGCUUCUUAAUGCCUUGAUCAGCAGAUCAACAUAUGGACUAAUUAUUCCACUUGUAGUGUGUCAUCAAGCAAAAUUUUGUCAAUUUUCGAAUAAUGUAAUACUUAUUAAAUAUUUUUUAUUUAUUCAAUAUUUUUAAAAGCAUUCAUUUUAUAAUAAAAUACAUUUACAUACUUUUA